CGUCACUAAUCCCAGGUGUGGCACGAGGAAACAGGUUUGGAGGACAGUGAUGGAGGACAAUGACAUCGAGCAGCAGGAGCCGUUGCCUGUGGACCGAGACGGGCGGCGGCUCCGGUUCACAGAGGACCAGCCCGACGGCAAAAGAAAGAUCGGAUGUUGUGAGAAGUUCCAGCUGUCUGUCUCCAAAUGGAUGCUUCCAGAAGACUCCCGCAGCAAAUACCUAGAACGAGCCAACUGCUGCCCUCCCCCCAUCUUCAUCAUCCUCAUCAGUAUUGCAGAGCUGGCAGUGUUUAUCUACUACGCUGUGUGGAAGCCUCAGAAGCAGUGGGUGACCCUGGAUAAAGGCAUCUGGAAUAGCCCCCUAACUUACAAGCCUGAGCUCAGGCAGGAAGCAUGGCGCUUUAUCUCCUACAUGUUUGUCCAUGCUGGGGUGGAGCACAUCGUGGGGAACCUGGUGAUGCAGCUGCUGCUGGGCAUCCCGCUGGAGCUGGUGCACAAAGGGUUUGAAGUGGGGAUGAUUUACAUGGCGGGAGUCUUAGCAGGCUCUUUGGCCAGCUCCAUCUUUGAUCCUCUCAGCGCUCUGGUGGGAGCUUCUGGGGGCGUCUACGCUCUGAUAGGAGGAUACUUUAUGAACGCAGUGGUGAAUUUCCGAGAGAUGAUUCCUCUCCUUGGAAUAUUCCGAAUCGUGGCCAUUGUGAUAUUUGUUGGAACAGAUUUUGGAUUUGCCUUCUACAGAAGAUUUGUCACCCACGAGGAUGGUUUGAAUGUGUCCUUUGUGGCUCAUUUUGGAGGAAUUGCAGCCGGGAUGACCAUCGGCUACGUCUUCUUCAGUGCUUACAACAAGAAGCUCCUCAAAGACCCUCGUUUCUGGCUGUGUAUAGUGGGUUAUGUCAUCUUUGUGGUCUUUGCUGUGCUUUUUAAUAUUUUCCUGAGCCCAGCACCAUAGGACAAAAAAAAUAACCCACCAAUAUUUUCUUUUAAAAUGACCACUAUCUGCAGGAAUCUGAUGAACUGAUGUUUUUCAGAGAAAAAGUAGCUUUUCAGGGAAUUGGUAAAUGUAGUGCACAGGGUAUUUGUUGUUGUUUAAAUCAGAUCCUGUGGAAGGGGAAUGAGGCCUCCUGCUGUUUAUCAGUAGCAUUGCAGCUUUUUCAUGUUAUACUGAUGGGCAAAACGUGCCUUUUAUAAAGUGAUUAAUUUAAAACUGAAUUAAAUAUUUUUACCUUUUUAAUAUUUUGUUAUUAUGAAUGAUCGUUUUUACUUCUAAUCAGGGAAUUAGUGAACACACUGGUCCUAUAAAAUGUAAUUCUUCCUGUUCUACUGUUUAAACUCUUAAUGUUAUGCUACCGUUUUAUCACUCUGAUGAAUUAUCAGGGACUCAUAUAGACUUUUAGUAUUCAUCCAAUGUGCCUUAAACAUGCUGAAAUCCUCCACCACAUUGAACAUCAAAUGAAGGCCCUGAACUAGAACAAAGAGUUUAUAAAGAAGUCUCAAAAUGAUGCAUUUCCGAAAACACAGCGUGACGGCUCUUUCCUUCUGAAAGCAAUAGAGGAGUUUACCAUCAGGCCAUGGCUUAAUGCCCUGCUAUUGUUUCAGACACUUCCUGUUGACAGGACACGGCUGAUUACAUGUUGAGUUUUUUUAACUUGAUUUACUGGUCUUAUCCUUCUGUCAUAUUUUUUGUAAUUUUUUACCUUGGAAAGACAAAAAUGUGGCUUUAAACAUGCAGUUUUUACCUUAAUACAGUAGGUGUAGCUAGAAUGUAACUGUUUGAUAUCAUACAACACGUUUCAAUAGUCUUUAAAAGUCAUAUUUAAUAUUACUGGCUUAUGUCUGGUAUGACAAGGGGAUUGGAUAUUUAAAAAAAUGUACUUAAUUGAUCUAAAUUCAAAGGUAAUCUACGACCAAAGAACCAACCAAAACCUCCUAGACUCCAUUUCAAGAGCUAAGUGUUUAUGCAUUUUGAAUAAAGUGAUGUUUUUUUUAAGGAUUGUUUUGUCAAAUUGCAUCCGAACCUAUGCCUGAAUAAGACAUGAGUCAUGAUUUUGUCUGAUAAAUAGUUACAGAUUUAACAGUAAACACCUUUUG